UUGCAAUUAGUUCGUUAAAAAGUAUCUCGCCGCAAAGAGCUCGCACAUAAAGUAUUAAAUCUUUGCUUUGUGCGAAUUGUUCACGAGAUAAUCAUCUUCGGUGUAAGAGUGUAGUUUGUUUGGCGUGAAGUGAUAAUUACAGUGGCAUUUUUAUAGUGCUAAGUGAAAAUUAUCAGUCGGGAUUCAGCAACUAGUAAAACUCACAGACAAAUCAAAAACAAACAAAAAUGUCUUCAAAACAAGUUAUAACUUUAACUGUUAUAGUUGUCUUCAUUUCAUUACUUGCAAGUUUUCAAGUUGAAGGAAGAAUUUUCACUCGAUGUCAAUUAGCUAAGGAAUUAGUAAGACAUGAUUUUCCACGAAGUUAUUUAUCAAAUUGGGUUUGUUUAAUUGAACAUGAAAGCGGUCGAAGUACUUCAAAAGUCAUGCAGCAACCAAAUACAAGUGUUAGUUAUGGACUAUUUCAGGUCAACAGCAAAAACUGGUGUCGGAAGGGUCGCAAAGGUGGCAUUUGUAAUAUGAAAUGUGAAGAUUUCCUUAACGACGACAUUCUUGAUGACUCUAGAUGUGCGAAGCAGAUCUUCAAUCGUCAUGGCUUUCAGGCUUGGCCUGGUUGGGUUAGUAAAUGUCGUGGGCGAAAUCUUCCUGACAUCUCAAGAUGUUAAAUAAAAACCAAUAUACAAUACACACAAAAUAAAAGAAAAAUUGUUAAAUUAAAACUGCCAAAGAGAAUUAUGACACAAAUAAUAAAAACGACAACAACAACAAAAAUAGAAAACUAAAUAUUUUAAUAGUUUUAUUAAUGCAGUUUGUGUGGUAUAGAAAUAAAAUAAACCAACGCAAAUUGAAUUUAGUUUAUUAGCAUU